AUGAGAUCAAGUCACGUGACAGGAUGUACGUGAAUUGGAAUACUUGUAAUUAAUAUUACUGUAAGAAUGCCAUGUUUAAAUAUCCGCGAUACUAUCGCUCUUGUAUGAUUUUUAACGUCAUGUUCUGUGGUCUGGCGACUUGCCCCUUCGCUGUUGAGGUACCGAAGGCCGAAGGCCGAUGACAAGCUACAACGAAGGCCGAAAAAUUAAGGGCCGAGCUCGCUAACAAAUACCAGCGGUCAACGUCUCCUCACUCCGUUUCAGAUUAUCCCUUCUUCAUCACAUCACUUCCAUUUCGGCACCAUCUCCCAAGUCGGCCAAAUCAGUUGCAGUGGUAUUGCGACAUCAUUCCGAGCUACUGCGCAUCCCCUGGACGAAGCUCAUCCACUGGGACUUUAUCCUUGCCGUACUCAGACCUAAUUCCGAAUCUAACCCCGCCAAAAUGGCCGCCAUGGACCUCCGAGUCGGUAACAAAUACCGGAUUGGCCGCAAGAUCGGCUCCGGAUCCUUCGGCGACGUGUACCUGGGAACCAACAUCAUCUCCGGCGAAGAAAUCGCCAUCAAGCUGGAGAGCGUCAAGGCCAAGCACCCGCAGCUCGAGUACGAAGCUCGCGUCUACAAAUCGCUCGCUGGCGGUGUUGGCAUCCCGUUCGUUCGCUGGUUUGGCACCGAAUGCGACUACAAUGCCAUGGUCUACGAUCUUCUGGGGCCCAGCUUGGAAGACCUGUUCAACUUCUGCAACCGCAAAUUCUCUCUCAAGACGGUUCUUUUGCUCGUGGAUCAGCUCAUUUCUCGCAUCGAGUACGUCCACGCCAAGUCCUUCAUCCAUCGCGACAUCAAGCCCGACAACUUCUUGAUGGGGAUUGGAAAACGCGGCAAUCAGGUCAACUGCAUCGACUUUGGCCUGGCCAAGAAAUACCGCGACCCAAAAACCCACUUCCACAUUCCGUACCGCGAGAACAAGAACCUGACCGGCACGGCACGCUACGCCUCCAUCAACACGCAUCUGGGCGUGGAGCAGUCCCGGCGCGAUGAUAUGGAAUCGCUUGGAUACGUCAUGCUGUACUUUAUCCGUGGCUCGCUGCCCUGGCAGGGCUUGAAGGCUGCCACCAAGAAGCAGAAGUAUGACCGCAUCAUGGAGAAGAAGAUGACGACGCCAACUGAAGUCCUUUGCCGCGGCUUCCCCAACGAGUUCGCCAUCUACCUGAACUACACUCGGUCGCUUCGAUUCGACGACAAGCCCGACUAUAGCUACUUGCGGAAAAUCUUUCGGGAUCUGUUCGUUCGUGAGGGCUUUCAGUACGACUACGUGUUUGACUGGACCGUGUACAAAUACCAGAAGAAUGCCGAGGCAAUCGGAAAGGCAGCAGCAGCAGGCGCUGGACCGGCCAGGAAGAAUCCACCUGAAAACUACUAGGCAUGAUGAUGACGCAAUGAACUGCAAUGCAUACACAUCAUGCAUGCACAUCAUGCAUCGCCCAUCAUGGCCAUUGACGAAUGGCUGCCGCCCGGUAGGAAAUAUACGCAGAGCAGGCGCCGCGCAGAUGCUACAUGACGGAGCCAACUUCAUGUCGACUCCGUACGUACAUCCAUAUCAGAGCGCCGCAUCUUCCGGCUGUGGGCGAUUGUCCCCAGCUACUCCAGGACGCCCGAGGGAACUCGACCUAACGCCCAUGUCUAGACUCUGGACUCCAGGUGUCAAGUGUCUCGUAGUUAGCCUCAAGAUUAAGGAGGACGGAUAAGGUCCCAGAUUGACAACGACCAGAAUGCAAUUCCUUUAGAUAGAUAAUACCAAUCAUGCCAUUUUACAUCA